AUGGCAGUGCCAAAUAUGCUGUUCUCUGACGUGGAAACUUUUCUGGACUCGCAUCCCGAGUUAUUCGAGGACUACCUGAACAGAAAGGGGAAUUAUAGCAUGGUGGAGAAAUGGCUUAAGAAUCACCAGGCGUGCAAAAGUCAAAGUCCUGGUGCUGCAGCUCCCGCCGAGCCGCGAGAGGAGAAGAGCGGCGCGUGCAAGGACAGCUGGGCGAGCAAAUGUGACGGUCUGCAGAGGAGAGCAUCGCAGAGGGAGCUGCGCAAAACUUUCGCCAGAUCAAAGGCCAUCAACGUGAACAGGACAUACGACGAACAUGUGAACUCCAGGGCCCAGGAGCCCCUGACCAGCAUGAGGAGGAGAGCUCUGCUGAGGAAGGCGAGCUCUCUGCCCCCGACCACUGCGCACAUCCUGAGCGCACUGCUGGAGUCCAGAGUCAACAUCCCCCAGUACCCGUCCACAGCCGUGGAUUUUAAAUAUUACCUCAAGGAACAUAACGAAAGAGCCUUUUUCCUGGAGCUUGUAAAAGACAUAUCAAACGACCUGGAUCUAACGAGUCUCAGCUACAAAAUCCUCGUGUUUGUUUGUAUUAUGGUGGAUGCAGACCGGUGCUCCUUGUUUUUAGUGGAGGGAACCGGCAACAAGAAGACACUUGUGUCCAAAUUCUUCGAUGUGCACGCGGGCACCACAGUUUUACCCUCAAUGAAUUCAGAUGAAGUGCAGGUGCCGUGGGGUAAAGGCAUCAUUGGAUAUGUGGCUGAACAUGGAGAGACAGUGAACAUCCCUGACGCUUAUCAGGAUCGUCGGUUCAGUGAUGAAAUCGACAAGCUGACAGGGUACAAAACCAAGUCCCUCCUGUGCAUGCCCAUUCGCAACAGUGAUGGUGAGAUCAUUGGAGUCGCUCAGGCCAUCAACAAGUCUUCGAGUGGAGAACUCUUCACUGAAGAUGAUGAAAAGGUACUUCAGAUGUACCUGCCUUUCUGUGGUAUUGCCAUCUCCAACGCCCAACUCUUCGCCGCCUCAAGGAAGGAGUACGACAGGAGUCGGGCACUCUUAGAGGUCGUCAAUGACCUGUUUGAGGAGCAGACUGACCUGGAGAAGAUUGUCAGGAAGAUCAUGCACCGUGCCCAGACAUUACUAAAGUGCGAGCGCUGCUCUGUUCAGUUGCUGGAGGACAUUGAGUCACCGGUGGUCAAGUUCACCAAGUCGUUUGAGCUUCUGUCCCCUAAGUGUAGUGCGGACACUGAAAGCAGUUUCAAAGACAGCAUGGAGAAAUCUUCCUACUCAGACUGGCUCAUCAACAACAGCAUUGCAGAGCUGGUUGCUUCCACAGGACUCCCAGUGAACAUUAGUGAUGCUUAUCAGGAUCCUCGCUUUGAUGCUGAGGCGGACCAGUUCUCGGACUUUCAUAUCCGCUCCGUCCUUUGUGUGCCCAUAUGGAACAGCAACCACCAAAUCAUCGGUGUUGCCCAAGUGCUGAACAGGCUUGAUGGGAAACCCUUCGAUGACGCAGACCAGCGUCUUUUUGAGGCAUUUGUGAUAUUCUGUGGGCUCGGCAUCAACAACACCAUCAUGUACGACCAGGUUAAGAAGUCUUGGGCGAAACAGUCCGUAGCUUUGGAUGUUCUGUCUUACCAUGCCACGUGUUCAAAGACUGAAGUUGACAAGUUCAAGGCUGCUAAUAUCCCCCUGGUCUGCGAGUUGGGUAUCGAUAAGCUCUCCUUUGAUGAUUUCUCACUGGACGUCGACGCCAUGAUAACAGCUGCUCUGAGGAUGUUUAUGGAGUUGGGGAUGGUGCAGAAAUUUAAGAUUGACUAUGAGACGCUGUGCAGAUGGCUGCUGACGGUCAGGAAGAACUACAGAAUGGUUCUCUAUCACAACUGGAGACAUGCCUUCAAUGUCUGCCAGUGCAUGUUUGCUAUGCUAACGACGGCGGGUUUCCAGGAGACUCUGACUGAGGUGGAGAUCUUAGCGCUUAUCGUCGGCUGUGUUUGCCACGACUUGGACCACAGGGGCACCAACAAUGCUUUUCAGGCCAAGACUGGCUCAGCCCUUGCUCUGCUUUAUGGGACCUCUGCUACGCUGGAGCACCACCACUUCAACCAUGCUGUUAUGAUCCUGCAGAGCGAGGGUCACAAUAUCUUCUCCAACCUGUCGUCCACAGAGUACAGCGACCUGAUGCAGCUGCUCAAACAGUCCAUCCUAGCCACAGACCUCACGCUUUACUUUGAGAACAGAAACAUGUUUUUUGAGCUGGUCAGCAAUGGAGAGUACAACUGGAACGUGAAGAGUCAUAGAGACAUGUGCAGAUCCAUGAUGAUGACAGCGUGUGAUCUUGGUGCUGUCACUAAACCCUGGGAUAUAUCACGCAAGGUGGCAGAGUUGGUGACCAGUGAGUUCUUCGAACAGGGCGACAGAGAAAGAUCAGAGCUGAAGCUCACGCCCUCGGCCAUCUUUGAUCGAAACAGAAAGGAUGAGUUGCCCGGGCUGCAGCUGGAAUGGAUUGACGGAAUCUGCGCUCCGCUGUAUGAGACCCUCGUCAAAUUGAAUCCCAAACUUCAGCCGAUGCUUGACAUGAUCAGAGCCAACAGGGCCAAAUGGGAGGAACUGAACAAGAAGAGACAACGUGGCCAGAGCAUCUCAGCACCCCCGAGCCCCUGCAGUGGCGACAGCGCGGAUAAAAGCGGCUGCACUGUGGUCAAAACAGGCAGCACACCAUGCUGCAGCAGUGAUGCUGAUGGCAAACCAUCCAAAUCUGUUAGUUAG